AUAACAGAUGAUCCAUUCACCUCAGACACAAGGGAAAACUGCUGAUUAUUCUAGUUAAAGCUUUUGUUGAACGCUGUUUGUUAGAGCUUGUGAAAAUGGAGCCUUUGACUGCAGCAAACACACAGUUCUCUCUAAACCUGUUCAAGAAGAUCAGCGGAGGAAACACAUCAGGAAAUGUGUUCUACUCUCCGAUCAGCAUCUCUUCAGCUCUCGCCAUGGUGUCGCUCGGAGCAAAAGGAAACACAGCGGCGCAGAUGUUUAAGGUUUUGGGAUUUAACAAUCCCCCCAAGAUGCCUGAUGCCGCGACUCCAGCACCUUAUCAACAAGCCCAGAAGCCCCAGAUGCCCUGCGGCAACAAGGGUCAACAUGAACUACCAAUGAUGCAACAAACCCAGAAGUUGGAGAAACCUGCCGAACUCAAGAAAUCUCCUGCUCAGCUCACAUCUGGACAAAAAACUGAGGAUCAAAUUCAUUCCAGCUUCAACAAGCUCAUGAGUGAACUGAACAAACCAGGAGCGCCGUAUGUGUUGAGUCUUGCCAACCGUCUCUACGGAGAACAAUCCUACCAGUUUGUUGAGAAAUUCCUUAAUGAUGCAAAAAGAUACUAUGAAGCCGGACUGGAGGAGGUGGACUUCAAGAAGAAACCAGACGCUGUGCGUCUCGACAUCAACAAAUGGGUGGAGAAAAACACUCAAGGAAAGAUCAAGGACUUGCUCCCACAGGGAACCAUCGAUCUGUUGACGAGACUGGUCUUGGUGAACGCCAUCUACUUCAAGGGGAACUGGUUGGUGAAAUUCCCGAAGGAAGCCACCAGAGAUGGACAGUUUAAUCUGAACAAGUAUCGAACUAAACCAGUGAAGAUGAUGUAUCAGGAAUCAAAGUUUCCUCUGGCCUUCAUCCCAGAGAUGAACAGUCAGGUUCUGGAGCUGCCGUAUGUCGGGAAGAAUCUCAGUAUGAUGAUCAUCCUUCCGAAUGAGAUUGAAGACGAAACCACUGGCCUUCAGAAGCUUGAAAAGGCACUGACCUACGAGAAGCUCAUGGAGUGGACCAAACCCAGCAAGAUGCGUCAACAAGUAGUUAACGUAUCUCUGCCCAGAUUCAAGAUGGAGCAAACCUAUGAUAACAUGAAGAGUCUUCUGAUCAGCAUGGGGAUGGAGGAUGUUUUUGAUGAACGGAAGGUGAAUCUUUCAGGCAUGUCGCCCAACAACGACCUGGUUGUGACAAAGGUGGUUCAUAAAGCCUUCAUUGAAGUAAACGAGGAAGGAACCGAAGCGGCUGCAUCCACCGGCGUCGUCGUCGGCAUACGCUCAUCUGCACCGAUGUUUAUUGCAGACCAUCCCUUCCUUUUCUUCAUCCGACACAAUCCCUCCAACAGCAUUCUCUUUUACGGACGCUUCUGUUCUCCUUGAAGAUAGUAAUGAUGAAGUGAUGAUUCUAGCUGCAUGUGUUCCUUUAAUAAAUAAAGUCUAUUAAAUAAUUGAG